AUGGCUCUCCAGUCCUGUCGCCCGAGCCUGGCCCGCUGCCGGCACGCCGCUCGUGCCUUCUCCCCCUGCGCACGCGCAUUCGCGACCGAAUCCGCGCCGUCAACGCCAGAGACCUUCAAGGUCCCCGCCACAGCACCCAGCACAAAUACGAAGCCGCGAUGGAGCCAGACGCCCGAGGGCAUGAAGGCGCCACUGCAGCUGGACUUUGCAAAGAGCGCCAAGAACAAGAUCUGGGCGGUGAACAACGACCCCACGCUGCUGGACGAGGUGUAUAAUCGCUUGCUGGGGCCCGGGGGUAGCAAGAUGCUGCCGGAGGAGCUCAAGUGGCUGGCCGUGACGCAUAAGAGCUUCGACCAAGGGAGGAGAGGGUUCAAUGACCGAUUGGCAUUGCUAGGACGGUUGACGAUGGUAAUGGAAGCGACAAAGGAGAUUGUCAGUAAGGAGCCUCUCGCCGGCUCAAUACUCCCCGACCAAUUCGACAGAACGCCAUUGGAGGACGAUCAGCUACUGUCGGUGGACAACCUCAACGUCAUGGGACCCCGAGACAUGAUUGGCAAGGACAAGCUCUAUCAGCUGGCUAACAACGUGGGGCUGCUGGAUGUGGUACGGUGGAAACCUCGAUUGCCCCGACGACUGGAGGCGUCUGGUGUGGAAGUUGUGCUAAACUCGGCAAUCAUGGCCAUCAUUGGCGCAAUCACGCUGCAGCACGGAUCGGCCGUGGCAGCGCAGGUGGUGAGGGACAGAAUAUUGGCACAGGUGCCCAAGGACAACUGA